AUGCAACUCCCCCUCCAGGCCGUCUUCGCCGUCCUCUUCCUCUUCGCCCCUCGCCUCGCCCUCACCGAACUCGCACCCGACAUGGCCAACGGCAACGCAGUCGACCGCGGCUGCACGAACCAAACGUGCCCUAUCAUCAACGCACGCUUUCAAUCCGCAAAGGACGAGAUUGCUCAAUUGGACGACAAGGCGACAACGCCGGCGUUCUUGUCCGAUAAAGGGGAUGGAGAGUAG